AACAACAAAUUUAAAUUACAGAAAGCAGAUAAUUUAUGCGUUAGUUGGAUGUAAAGAUUUCUUAAUGGUUAUGGAUUUGAUUUCGUUGGUAUGCAUUAUGUUUGUUGCAGUCUCCUCUACUACAGCCCAAUUAGCAGCACCAAGCAACGUCAAGACGACUAUUAUUUCACCGACAAGUUUCGAAGUUGGUUUUUCGCCGGUCCCGGGCGCAACCGCGUAUAGAGUUACAUACAUUGCUCAGCACAACGAAUCAGACACUGGAUUCGUUGAAGUUACGAAUUCGUCGGCCCAGAUUGCACCCGCGCGUAGCAAUACUAACUACAAGGUCACCGUUCAAGGUUCAAGUGCGACUGAGAAUGGAACCGAAACCCAAACCCUCGCACGAACAGCUCCGGAUGGUUCAAGGAUCCUGAACGUGAUCACCACUCCAACUUUCCUCACCAUCUUCCUGGAAGAAACUCCAGGAGCAACAGCAUGGGGGGUUGAGGUUAAUGACACAAUUACAGGGACAUCAAGGAUCAUCUCUGUUCCAACUGGUGUUUCUUCAAAUACAUCAUAUGUGGCUAUCAUAACAUCCCUCAACCCAAACACUCCACACACACUGAGGGCAAGAGUAUCUCAAUUAAAUGGUGUGACAUCAUUCACAGCAACACAGAGUCCAUUUGGUGCACAAUACUCUAUUAGCACAGACAAAAUUUCUGCUUUCGGUCGAGUUGUACUUUCGACAAAACCAUACACAUCCAACCUUGCCACAAACCAAGUGUUUAUAAACCAAACCAAUGCUGAACUACUGGCAGCAUAUAAGGCAAUAUCCUCAAAUGUGGAAGAUGUUUUGAUGGUAGAAGUUGCAAACAACGGUGGGAAUGUUCUUUACCAUCAUGAGAUUGUUUUAUCUGAUCGAAAUGCAUCGGCUGCUUCAGUUAAUCCUAAUAUUACUCAACUUACACUAAAUGGAACAUUGUAUUCUGGUUUAUUAGCUGCUUAUAGCUUGGCAAAAAGUCCUGGAUAUUUAUUUAUAAGUUCUCCCUUCACAACAACAGAAAGAAUAUUAGUUUACGGAAAUAAUGGCUUGUGCUCUCCUGUAGCAUUAGCAAGUGACUUAAGACAGUGGCUUCUAUUUUCAAAGGUUCGAAAACAACCACAGAUUGCUACAAUGAAUGGAGUUGAUUCUCUACCUUCAACUGUCUCAAGUUUUGAAUUUUCAAAUGAUGGAGUUCGUGAGCCUUCAUCAACAACCAACUAUUUCAACUUUUCAAGCAACACCAUAUAUGGUAUAAAACAUAGAUACACAAUAAAGUUGUGUUCAUCCAGCAAUACUACAGCUCCUGUAUAUGAUCGAGUGUAUGAAGCCGCUUUCCAAAGUUUACAAACAAUACCUUCAGACAGAUACACAAUCUUCUACACUACUGCACCUGUCCUACCACCAUCUUCAGUAUCAUCAGGUGUUAUAACAUCGGGAGGAAUCAACGUGGUUCUUCCAGCAUCUCUUGCUCGAGCAACUCAGUAUUCAGUGACAGUUGGAACAAACACAGCAACACUUGCUCAAACUGAUCUGGACAGUUCACCAUCUUAUCAGGUUUUUGUUCCUUUCAACACCAUAAUAAACCAAGGUGAUACUAUAUCAAUGGGAAUUGAAGCAAUUUCAAGGUUUGCAAACGGAAACACUGCUACAGUAACUGGAAAUUUCAAUGUCUCUGCAGAUAUUGAUGAAUGUACAUUCGGUACACACAACUGUGACACAAAUGCUAAUUGUACCAACACAAAUGGAAGUUUUACAUGUGCUUGCAAGACUGGGUUUACUGGCGAUGGUGUAUCAUGUACAGAUAUUGAUGAAUGCACAUUGGGUACACACAACUGUCAUGCAAAUGCUAAUUGUACCAACACAAUUGGAAGUUUUACAUGUACUUGCAAUACUGGGUUUACUGGUGAUGGCGUAUCAUGUACAGAUAUUGGUCCAUGUGAAUCAGUUUUACACAAUUGUCAUGCAAAUGCUCUUUGUACAAACACAAUUGGAAGUAUUACUUGUACUUGCAAUACUGGGUAUACUGGUGAUGGCGUAUCAUGCACAGAUAUUGAUGAAUGCACAUUAGGUACACACAACUGUCAUGCAAAUGCUACUUGUACCAACACAAUUGGAAGUUUUACAUGUACUUGCAAUACUGGGUUUUCUGGUGAUGGUGUAUCAUGUACAGAUAUUGAUGAAUGCACAUUGGGUACACACAACUGCGACACAAAUGCUUCUUGUACCAACACAACUGGAAGUUUUACAUGUACUUGCAAUACUGGGUUUUCUGGUAAUGGUGUAUCAUGCACAGAUAUUGAUGAAUGCACAUUGGGUACACACAACUGCCACGCAAAUGCCAAUUGUACCAAUACAAUUGGAAGUUUUACAUGUACUUGUAAACCUGGGUUCAUUGGUUCAGGCCAAAACUGUAUUAAGUUUUGCAAUUCAAGAUCUGAUCAAGAAAUCUGUUCAGCAUUUACUGGAUUAUGUCCCAGCAAUAGAAAAAACUGCAUCACAGUAAAAGAUAGUUCCUUAAUUCCUGUUUAUGAAUGCAGUUGCCAAGUUGAAAGACUAAGCCCGUGUAACAACUUUAACAGCGUGGUAAACUGCAUGAUAAAUGGCUGCGCCAAUGGUGCUUGCAGUGAACAUCCUUACUCGGUCUGUGUGAACACAACAGAUCGGGCUACCUGCACCUGUCCAAAUGGAAGAGUAUUUCAUGCUCCUACCAGCAGCUGUAGGAAUCCAGCAGUGGCUGGAAUACCUUGGUGGAUAAUACUCAUUGUGUGCGUCUUUGCAGUAAUAGCUGUUGUGUUGGUAAUUUAUAUCUUAUGGCAAGAAAGAAGAACUAAGAAAUACUCUUUUCCUGUCAAACCAACCAAUGGGAUGUACAAUGACAUUAACAUUGAAAGCGAAGGCAAAGAUUCCAUUUCAACAGAAGAAGGCACAGAAGACACAGCCAAUGGAGGGUCUGAUAAUGGACAACCUAAACCAAGUGAAGAUCCACGUUUAUACAAUGCAACUGAGGACGACGCUUUAUAAACAGCAUGCAGAUUUGUAUUUAUGUUGCUUCCAUAUACUUCACGCUUGUUUACUUUCUAUAUGAUGCAGUAUGUUUUAAAACGAAGUAUUCAACAUGUCAAAUGACAGGGAGUUGUUUUAAAAAACUACAUCCGCUAGAUGGCAACAAAGAGCCGUAUUUUUCAACAGCCCACUUAAAGAAUACAAACACGUGCGCAGAAUGGAAUGUUGGAUAAUGAAAAAGACCUAAUGUUCUGUACAGUAUAUAAAACACAUAUACCAUGUUUUCAAUGAAAUAAAUUUAUAUAAGCCAUA